GGCCCUUAAAAUAUUUAUGCUGCAAAUCAACAUGGUUUAAGCCUGUGAUUCUGCAAAUGUUUAUUGAGCAUUAGUACUUGGAAAACUGCAUUAAGAUUUGCCACUGGUGCUUUACUCAUUAGGAGCAUUCAGAGCCUGUGAAAUCUGCAACACAUCCAUGCAGUGACAGCAGCUGGAGGAUGUGCCUGGGCUGGGAAAAGGAGAUUUCUGCUCCUGCUUCCCGAGCCCAAACCGAGCCCCUUCCCACGCCGACCUCGCUGUGUGAGAGCAGCCGUUCCAUCCAGCAGAGCCUGCACCGGGUUUUGGACUCAUCUGCCACCAGGCAAAACCAGUUCCAUUGACAAUGGGAAUGUGCCAACAGCUGCGUUCAUGGACUGGGCAAACCCAGAGCCAAGAGGGGCCUGUUGCUCCCACCCACCCUGGCGCUUCCACUGCAGACUUGGAGUCAGAUCCCUUAUUUUCAGCUCCACGAUUCCUUCCUUUCUGAGCACUCUUGCAUAAUUAAGAGACGGGUGGAAAGCUGCCAACCAGCCACAUCUUGGAGGGGCAAGGGGACAAGACAUGGGAAAGUUUAGUGCUCUGGAAAAGUGACCUUUCUUGGGCUCAGGAUCUCCAAAGACAAGGCAGGAGAGAGAAUUUCUCCAUGUCACAGGUGGGGAAGCUGAGGCAGCAGGAGAUCUGCCUGAGGGGACUGCCCAGCUGUGGCACCCACCGAGAGCUGCUGCCAGGCUGGAGCCAGAACCUAGGGAGGGAGCAAAGGGGAUCUGCCUGGAAACCAGAAACUCCAAAAAAUCCAAUGCAGAUAACAACGUUCCCUGCCUGGGAAGCCUGUUUCCAUGCAGGCCAGGAGCUGUCUGGCAGCUGGACAGGUGGGCACCUGCGCAGGUGAGUGACUGCACCUGGAUAUAAAGGGAGGCAAAGCCAGCAGGAGCACCCAGGAGGGAACAGGAGGGAGAAGAGGUCUGACCUCCAGCAUCCCGUGGCUGCACUCCCCAGGCUCUCAGAAUGGUUUCAAGGAAGGUGGUUGCCAGUCUGCUCCUGUUGUACCUGGUGUCUCUGCUGGCUGAACAGGCCGAAGGCUUCAUGCCCUUCUUCACCCACAGUGACUUCCAGAAAAUGCAGGAAAAGGAGAGGAACAAGGGAGGGCAGAAGAAAUCCCUGAGCUCACUGCAGCAGCUGGACGAGGAAGGCUUCCCUGAGCAAUCCCCUGUGGGUGUCAGCACGGGCAAGUCCAUCCAGCAGGCUGUUCCUGUCAGACCUGGGAUGUGGCUCACCCCAAGGCAGCUGGAAAAAUACCAAGAUGCCCUGGAGAAACUGCUGGCAGAGCUGUUACAGGACACCCCAGACGCUGACUGAUAUCUGCAGAAUCAGAAAAGAAAGCGCUGGAGCUGCUAAAUCUGAAAGACUCCACUUAUGUAAACGAAAUCUGUAAGAGAUUAACAACAAAAUCUGAGGUGAGAUAAUAAAAUGCGCAGCAUAAUUAAA